CACUUAUCCGGUACGUCUAGGAUCGCACGCUCUUCACAGGCCUGAAUUCCUUUCUCAGACAUCGGCAUAUAUUAUGAGGAGCCCACUCCCAAGAGUAGAAAGGAAAAUAGUCUAGUGUCGCAUCUUGCUGGGUCUCAGUUGGUUCCCUUCUCUGAUACAAUCUGAAAUGCAGUCCUACCUGCUGUAUCGAAGAAUCCACCAAGCUGUCAAGCGACAGUAUGAGGUAUCUGCAAGGGAAGAGGAAGACACGUGGAAUGCAGACGACAAGUCUCAAAAUGACUCCUCUUUCUAUCAGUCGUCAGGUAUGUUCCCAGCAAAAGUGAGAUUGUAACAAAAAUGCACGACAGUUAAUCCCCUCCUCCCUUGUUAUAUAAACCCCAAUGACAAACGCGAAGCCCCAGCACAAGAGUCACAGAUCAUGGUAGUUGGAUGGGACGAUUAUGACAUACAUUUGAUUCAAAGCCAAUACAGCCCACGACGCAAGGCUGGGAUAACGAUCCUGGUUGCUUUAAUUGGGCUUUCGUGUACAGCAGCAUCCGCCAUAGAUUCCGUCGGGGUUCCGCAGAGUAGUGAGAAAUGUGGUGUCUCGAAGGUGGUGGGGCCUUUAGUAACCGCCCUUUUCAUGAUCGGCUUCGGGAUUGGCUCCUUCAUAUCAGGACCGUUCUCUGAAACAUUCGGACGAAACAUGGUAUACAUGGUGACGAUGAUUAUAUUCUCCAUCCAAAUCAUGGCAGCUGGUCUUGCACCUGACAUUCAAAGUCACCUCAUUUUCCGUGUCCUGGCUGGACUGUUCGCAGCAACUCCCCUCACCUUUGUUGGAGAUACCGUCGCCGAACUUUGGGACCCACUGCAGAAAACAUAUGGCUUCAUUAUUUAUAUCAUUCCUGUUUCCAAUGGCACGAUGAUUGGACAAGUCAUUGGAAGUUAUAUCCCUACCACCAUCGGGGUGGCGAUGGCUGGAAUGGAUUAUGCUGAUCUUUGGCGGGUUGAAGUUCAUCAUCAUGAUCUUAUUCAGCAAUAGACCCACCAGGAUACGCUCCUGACCUGGAAAGCCGCAGCUUUGCGCAAAUACUCCGGACAGCAACACUGGAGAGGACCGGCUAAAGUCCGUGAGUUUUCCCUCAGAUAACGCUUGAAGAUCGCGACCUCCCGACUAUUUGCUCGGAUCAUCACCGAGCCGAUCAUUGUCCUGAUCUCAUCUAACUUGAUCGCAAUCUACAUCAUCUUGUUAUUGUUCCUCGAGGGAAACAGGUUCAUCUUCGAGGAUAUCUAUCACUUUUUUGAGGGUCUGAACAACGUGACCUGGAUUGCAGUCUUCAUCGGCUCAACCUUAAUUGUAUUUUGUAUUCCA